AUGACCAAGCGGCGAACUCUACCUUCCAGCAACCCCAAAUUUACGUGGAAUGUGCAGGAUAGCAGUCAUUCAAGCUUCAUCGCCUUUGAUUCAGCUGCGAACGGUAAGGCGAAGAACCGUAGAUCGGCCUUCACACCCCAGAAGAGAAAGGAUGCUGCAGAGCUGCGCAAGCGAGGCGCCUGUCUCAAAUGUAAAAUGUGGCGGAAAGCGAAUCUGCCUUGUGGCGCCAACCACUUCUCGACGUCCCUCCGCGAGGUUCAAGGGCCUUUUUUCGAAGUAGGAUGCUGUCGUUACUCCCCCGAGGUGGAUGAUAUCGUCCAAAGAGAAUGGGGACCAGAAACUCACCAAGUUCUGUCCAUUCCAACCUACUGCGGCUUCGAUCUGAGCGCCCUUCGAUCACGCCUAGCCGACAUAGUGGACGACUACCGUACUUAUCAGCUCAGUCUAUUUAAUCAAGAUGCCGAAGAAUUCCCCGACAUCGUCAUCGCAACGCUAAGAGUCGCAAGCCGUCACGAGGCCAAACAGCCGCUACUACGCGCAGCCGAACUCUGGAAGGCCUUACUGCAGAAAAACAAAGGAGAUUGGUUCCUGGUAUUCCUUAUCAUUUUCGUCCUGCUCAAUACAGCAGAGAUUGCGUAUGAAGCACAAUUACUCUACGUGCUCGAGCAUGGAGGCGCGCAUGCUGGCUAUUUUGUAUUUGUCUUUCGGUACUAUAUCAGGCGAUGUUCCUUUGAGGAUGCUCCCAUCUUCUCACUCUCGCAAUUUGAGGAUGCGGCUGAAUGCGCGAAGCUUGACGGCACGGACCGUGAGUACUACAAGCGGCUCAUGGGAUGGCGUGAUGAUAUCCUGCAGCUGGAGCUGCAGCAGCGGCAGAAUGGGGGGUCAUCGACCACUGAAGAAGCACCCGUGAAGCAGACUUCGUGGUACCGACAACUCUUGUUCGGGUUUGCUGAGAACCCUGACGAAUGGCCGACAAGGAUUGCCCAACAAGAGCACUCAUCCCUGGACUAG